AUGGCUGCCAAUAAUACCCCAAUCAACUUCAAACUUCAUCUUGCUCCAGGCGCAGUUGAGAAGUUCUCUGUCGACUUCGACAAGCGCUCUUUCGACGACUUCGUCGACAAUCUCGAGAUUAAACUCGGCGAGCUCGGGCUCACUCUGAACGUUGUUUACUGGAAGAACGAGAAGGGAAACCUCAUCUCGCUGUCCAGCAACUCAGUCCGUAACUCGGUUCGCAAAAUGCUCUCGGCCAACGAGAGCUCGCCCCAUGUUUCCAUUUUUGCUAUUGCUGAUUCUUCUGCUGAAAACUCAUCGGAUUCUUCUUCUGAAGAGUCUGGAGACGAGGAGAUCCUUGUCAUCGAUGCUACUCCUCAAUCGCCACGUCGUCGUCGUCACUGCGGUCGCCGUGAUCGCUCCAGAAGCCGUGGAUUCGACCGUGCCCGCAGCCGUUCUCACUCGAGAGGACAUUCUCGUGGAAGAGACGGUCACGGACCGAGAGGUACAAAGGGACUGAAGGAAGGAUGCGGAAAGAAGAGACUCUUCCGUCAUCUGGCUCAACGUGUGCAGCUUCUGGAGGCCCAGAGUGCCAGACUAGGUCGUCCGUGCUUCGGAAGACGUGCCAGAUCGGUAUCACCACAGAGAAGAGGACCAGGAGGACUCGAGAUUCCACCGUUCGGAAGAAGAUUCGGCCCAUUCGGAGGACACGGACCUCAUGGAUUCCACGGACACCAUCACCACCACAUCGGUCCAUUCGGAUUCGGCGGAGGACAUCAUGGAUUCAGAGGACACAAAGGACACAAUCACGGAUUCGGAGGACGUCAUCAUCCAUUCGAUCCACGUGCCAGCUUCGGAAGAUUCUAA